UUUUUUGGUGGGUCCAUUUCUUGUCACCUCGAAGGAAGAACCCUAGCUGACUGUUGAAUCAACCGAAACAAUGAGUGGAAGUACCGGGGGGAGUAAAGUUUCUCUCGGACCAAAGUUGAUGAAUCAAGGUGGGAAGGCGAUGGACGCAUUCCUCGAGGCUUUUUUCGCACUGGAUGCUGACAAUCGUGAGGUGAUCUCCCUAAAAGACCUACGAACCUAUUCUCAAGAAAACAACAUUGAAGAGGGGUUUCCCGAGACAUUUCUCCGCGUAUUUGACACUGACAAUACCGGACAGAUUACACUUGAUCAAUUCUGCAAGACCCUCGGACUGAUUCCAAAACAGGCGCGUGAAUUUCGAAGAAGGCGAACACUGGAACUAAUCGAAGCUUUGACUCCUUCGGACUUGGAAAUUGUUCACGAUGAUAUAGACCAGGAAAUCAAAGUGAAAAUCUUGCAAAUGUUCUUAGAUGACCUUCGUGAAGCAGGGCGUGCAACGAAUGUGGAUGCGCAACUCCUGGACGAAUCAGCCCAGAAGCUUAGACAGUACUUGGAACAGCGUUAUGGUCGGACCUGGCACAUUGUGGUUUCGAUUAACCAACAACUGGCUUGGUUUAGCUACUGUCCGGGAUAUAUGUUCCACUUCUGUUUGGGACGAUUUGCUGUCCUCAUCUGGAAGACACCUUGGGUGUGAUCAAUCCCCAGGAACACUGGUUCCAAGACGUGACCAGUUUUUUUAACUGAAUCAGCGGAAUAGUUGAUAAUUUCUCUCUUCAUGAUGAUCUGUUGAGUAAUUUGUUCAAUGAUUUUAUUCUUGUACAACGCGCUCCUUUGAGCAAAAGAAAUAUAUUCGCUUCCUGAC